CUUGAGUGUGGAUAGUUCAUGGUAUGGCUGCAUAAAAUCAACGCCAUUCUCGUUUCUCCGGUAAAUCAAGGGCUCCUGGUUCGAACUUUGUGUAGUAAAAUGGCUGCUCGACUAAAAUGAGUGUGUGACGUUCCGUAAGGUUUUGUGUUUGUGCUGUUACCCGAAAUCAAUUUUUACGGAUAUUUGACGCCCGCUAAGGAUCGAAAGUGACAACGUCGAGCUCGGAGUUUCGGUUGGCUUUAUCCAAAAUCAUUUUCAUGAAGAUGAUCGGACGUCGUGCCCGAGAAUGAGCCAGAAUUUGCAGAACUCGACUUUGAGAUUAAUACAGCCGACCGUGACAGCUGCAGUAAUGCCAACGUACCACAAUGCCGGCGGUGGCUACCCGAACGUCUCAGCAGCAACGCACCAGGCGAAACUCGAUGGGAAUCAGAAUCAUCACACCAUCCCCUCAAGUGUAAUGUCCCACUCCCUGAUCCAGAACACAAGCCAGCCACAGCAUCCGAUUUCCUCUAAUUUAACAGCCCCCAACGUCCCUUCUCAUCCUGUAUCUCCUACCAUGACUACGCACUCGAACUUGACACCCCACAACGUAGCCAGUCACCCCAAUGCCUUAUCGUCCCCGAUAAUCCUCCCGACAAACGCGACGAAUUCUGGCAACACGCCGACCUCACUGGUCAAUCCGAGACACGAGGUCAAGCUCAAUGCCAUGCCGUGGUUUCAUGGGAAAAUCUCAAGGGAAACGGCUGAAAGACUGUUGCGACCAAGAGAGGAUGGUCUCUUCCUAGUAAGAGAAUCGACAAACUUCCCCGGUGACUACACUCUCUGCGUCUGCUAUCAAGGACGUGUCGAGCAUUAUCGGGUCAAAUAUAAGAAUAAUCAACUGACCAUCGAUGACGAAGAGUUUUUUGAAAACCUGGCCCUUCUGGUCGAGCACUACGAGCAGGAUGCAGACGGGCUCUGCACGCAGUUAACCAAGUCCCUGCCGAAACAGGGCAAGCAAGACUUCUGCGUCGAUCCGAAGGCUUUCGUUGAAGCGGGCUGGGUCAUUCAGACUCACGAACUCGAGUUGAGAGAGUGCAUAGGUAAGGGAGAGUUUGGGGAUGUCUUGCUGGGAGUUUACAGGGGCGAAAGGGUGGCUGUCAAAAUGCUGAAGGACAAUAGUGAGGCUGCGCAGAGGUUCCUGGCUGAGGCGAGUUUAAUGACUUCGUUGAUUCAUGACAACCUCGUCAAGCUCCUCGGUCUCGUAUUCAAUAAUCAACACAUGUAUCUUGUCACGGAAUACAUGAGCAAGGGAUCCCUGGUGGAUUAUCUCAGGUCCAGAGGACGGCUACACGUCUCCAAGAAGGACCAAAUCAAUUUCGCAUUCGAUACCUGUGCUGGCAUGGCAUACCUGGAGUCACGACAUGUCGUGCAUCGUGAUCUCGCUGCGAGAAACGUCCUUGUUGCCGAGGACAAUUCGGCGAAAGUUUCCGACUUCGGCCUAGCCCGCGAUGAGAAUUUUACUCUCGACGGCGGAAAACUGCCAAUUAAAUGGACUGCCCCUGAGGCUUUGAAACAGAACUGCUCUGGCGUUUUUCAGAAAUUCUCGAAUAAGUCUGAUAUGUGGAGCUUCGGGAUUCUCUUGUGGGAAAUCUAUUCGUUCGGUCGUGUACCCUAUCCGAGAAUUCCCUUGGCCGACGUCGUCAAAUGUGUAGAGAAGGGUUACAAAAUGGAACCGCCAGAUGGGUGUCCUCCCGAGGUAUACGAUAUCAUGCGCCAGGCAUGGGACCUUCAGCCAGAAAAACGACCUACGUUUCACGAAAUAAAGGCGAAACUCGGACAACUAAAGGCCGAGUGCACAAAAAAUGCGAAUUGAGUAAGAUAAGUUUACUUAUAAUGGUGUGAGCAGUUGUAAAAGACAGGAAAGUGGGAUGGAGGAGUUUGACGAAGAUUUUUAUAAUCAGAGACAAAAACAGUAGUGGCUCUAAAUACUCGGGGACAAGAAACAGAUAAGAAAAAUGCAAUUUUUACUGUAUAUUGUAUAAACGUAGCAACGUCGCUGUUUGUAUUUAUUGUUAUAUUAGUUUAUUUUACGGGGUGGGAAUGGGUGGGUGGGUGGGGGGGGGGUACUUUCCUUUGCUUUUUAUAUGACGAAUAUUAUGCAAGAAGAAGCUACUAUAAAACGUCGAUCGUGCCUUCGUACGAUAUUUUUAGGAAACACAAGCGAAACUUGCACUUUCGAAAUUGCUUGUGAAAACACUUAUUCGGCGAAAGAGCCACAAAUUACCAGCGGCCUCUGUUUUGCAAUUAUUUGCGAAUACGUCUAGCCGAUAGUUUCACGUAUUUCUCAGGCUAACAUGUUAUAUUUCUAUGGCACAUGUGCACGACACGCGGUGACGUUCCUUUGGUAAAAGGUUUGGACGUAAAGACGACUACAUAUAGCAUGGCUCUACUUAUUGGUUCUAAUACAGUGGAGUCCGGUAGUCACGACUCCGCUUGUAACGAUCGGCCACGUACUACAUCCUACUUGCUCUCUCAAGUUUCUCUUUAGAACAUAAAUAUAUCCUUACAUAUUUUCACAUUGCUUGUUACGUCGUCCGUUUAGUACGACGGCAUUUUCCUGUCUCCCCCGAAUGUCGUUAUAAACGGACUCCACUGUAUAUCGCGUGGCUCAAUAUCACGUCGACUAUUGGGACCCAAGUUGUUAACCAUUCCGUCAUCAACAGAACGAUUUAUCGUUAUUAUCCGUCACUUCAUUUAACACGACAAGAUUCCACGUUUACGUGGAUUGCGCGUGAUCUUUGAAAAUCUAGUUUUUACUUUUAGGCUCAACGUUUCAAUGCCAUGAGAAUUUGAUGGUACAUUAGAUAUAUUAUACACGGCAUAGACGCACGUUAACACGUACAUAUGUAGUCAAAUACAUACUUUCAUUUUAAUCAAAGAUUCGUUCUAGUAAGUAUUAAUCAGUAAUUAAAUUAUUGCGAAUGUAUUUAGGAAUUAUUUCAAUUCUCUGUCUCUUUGGGAUAUCCUAUUAUGUAUCUUUGCUAGUGGUGUAAAUGUAACUGUACAUAUUAUUGUAUAUAAUUGUUCGUCGAGAAAGAAGGGAAAAAAAUCCCAAGAGCCGUUGAUAUUCAUAAAAGAUUUAAGGAGAAUGUCUAUUUGCGUCGCCCCGAUGAGCUACAGGAUAAAAAUAAAGAAACACGCCUGCAUUUUCAAUGAGCGAAAAAUGCAACGACAGGAAUGAGAGCUUCCAGACGCGUGGUAAACUUUCGUAACGCAAAAACUACAAAAGUUAAUCCGUACCCGUGAAAAAUUAUCCAUUGAAUUUCUUACCGUAUACGUGUAGUAAAGAUAAGUUAAAGAAUUUUAGAAAAAUUGUACGUCGCUGAAUAAGCUCGACUCCAUUUUGCAAAUAAGAUUUACUCAUUUACCCUAUGAUAUCGUUCAUUAUGGAUCGUGCGAGUAUCGGGUCUAUGAAUUUACAUAAAAAAUAUGACGAAAAGACAACAAGGAAAUGAGAAACUCAAUUGCGAUUCAUAGAAGAGCACGUGUUUUAGGUCUAAUCAAAAGUCGCUUUUGCACAGUGGAGUCUUAGAAUUAUUUAUGUCAAGUUCACGAACUCAUUACAACGUCGGCAGUAGCUUCGGCAGAAGAUCGUAGAAGAAACUGUGAAAGGUUAAUGUCGAUUGCGUUUUAUAAUUAAAUUUUGUUACUGUAAUUUUUGAAAUCGUCGUUUAGAUUGCCUAAUAUCUAGCGUCUUGAAUAGUGUGAUCUGACAUUAUCAUUUUUUACGAUUGUACAUUUUUCAUAUUUAUCCUGAAUUUCUUAUACCGUCGCGACUUUUGGUAUGCUCGUCGUGUGCGCACGACGAUUUAUUUUAUUUUUUAAUCGUAACCAAUCCAUUAGGCUCUAAGAAAUUUAAUAUAUAUUAAUAUAAAAUUACACAAAUAUAUCAUCCAACUGAACUAA